AUAAUACAUAGUUAAUUUUUCUAUUUAUUUCCAUAUUGUAGUAUUUUUAUUUUAUUUUUUUUAUAAAAAAAAAUGACUAUUGUCAACAAUGCCAACAUUUUACUUUUUGUCGACAGUUAUGAUUUUAAAUUAACUCAAACAAUAAUAUCAACAUUACAAAAAAAUUCUAUAAACAAUUAUAACAUGUACUAUUUUUUCUGUUUGUUGGAAACUUUAGAAAAAGACAAUAACUUAAACGAUUAUCGUGAAACGUUAAAUAAUUCCAUGUCUGAAAUUUUUUCAAAGAAAGAUUUGAAACAGAGUAUUCUAUAUGUGAAUAAUAUAAAUAUUUAUUCUUUAUUAAAAGACUUUACUGGAAUUGCUCUAACAACUAUUUCAAACCAAUUAUUAGAAAUAAAAAAAUUCAAUUCGAAAAUGAUUUUUUAUAAUGAAACAGAAAAUGUUGAAUUUCAAAAUAUAACAACGAUGACCAAUGUUAUUCCUUUAAUAUUAUUGCCAAUUAAAGUCGAAAUGGCUAUUAUAUUAAAUUUACCUCUUUGUAAAAUAUGGUAUCCUUUUGAUGAUAAGAAAUAUGGAAAUUUACGAUGCAUUUUGUACAAUUUGAGUAAUGUUAUUUUAAAAGGUAUUAUUUUUCCUUCUGUAGAACAAAUAACAAAUUCAAUUGAUAACAUAGAAAAUACUUCAAUUAAAUUACUCGUUGGAUUAUUUAUUAAUUUAUUAGGCAAUGAUAUUAUAAACGAAAAUCUUACAUCUUGGCUUAUCUCAUCGUUUCUUGCAAUAAAAAAUUCUUUCGCUGAUAUUUUAAUUAUCAUUAUUUCUAAAAUUCAAAGAAUACAUAAACAAAAAAACGAGCUCGAAGAAUUUGAUAAUGUAGUUCUAAGUUAUUUAAAAGUACAACUAAAAAUUUUUGAUAAAACAAUUGUAACAUAUAACGAUCAACAAGAUACUUUCAGAAAUAUUUAUAACAGUUUAUAUACAGUUACGUUAAAAAUUCCAGAAGCUCUUUUGCCAAAAACUAAACAAUGUGCUGCUGAUAUAAAGAAGGAAUGCUUAAUAACGAUUCUCUCAAAUUAUAAUAAUUUCUUAAAUAAUUCUGAUAUUUUAUCAUAUUCGUUAUGUCCAAUACAAGUAAAAUAUAUAUUAUCAACAUUUCCUUAUUUUAGAGGCAAUGAAAUUACUAUAAAAGAUAAUCGUAUAAAACUAAAACAAAUUUAUAAUAAAAUGUCAAAUAAAUUACCACCAAAAUUUAAUAAAUUAAAAAAUAUGGUACAAUUUAAUAAUGAUUAUCAAGAGUUUCAAUCAAUAGUUCAUAAUUUAAAUUUAACAGAAGAAGAUUUUCUAUUAUUAGAUGAUUUGAUAUUUAAUAUGAAUGGAUUUCAGUGUGCAGCAAUUGCUGCAGAAAUAUUAAAAUACCAUCGUAACGUUGAUUUAAAUUCAAGUUCAAUGUUCUUUUUAUUAUCGAAGUUAAAUUACAUCCAAAUUAAUAAUAUAGAAAAAAGCUUAUUUAAUAGUUGUACGCUUGAAAAAAAAGUAAAAAAUCCUAUAAAUAUAUUAUACGAUGAUGAAGAAUUAACAUUGAAGAAUAUUGAUAUGAUUAAUACUACUAAUGCUAUGAAUGAAUUGUUGAGCGAAAAAAAUUUUAUAAAUAGAGCAAAUAAAGUAGCAUCGAUUAAAUUGACAGAAUAUGAAAUUUUAAAAUUUUGGGAGAAUAAUAAGAAUUAUAACGAAGAUUUUAUAGAAUGUUUAAAAUUAUUGUUAAUAUUUUCAACUUUAACAAUAAGAGCUAAAGAUUGGUUAAUUUACUCAUUAAAAUUUAAAAAUAUUCCUAUAAAAGAAUUACUAGUAGAAAAUAAUAAUAUAUUAUAUAACAAUUUAAUUCCAAACAGUUUAUAUUCGAAUGUUUUUGAUUUAUACAAUAACUACGGAAGUAGUCAGUUGAAAAAUAAUAUUGGCUCAUUGGGUGAUUAUUUGAAAGAAACGAGAAAUUCUAAUAUUUUAGAAAUAAUAAAUAAUAUUUGCAAUGAAAAUUGAAAAAGAUUAUAUUUUAUCGUUACUUGAUAGAAAAAUAUUACCAUCUUCUGCAUGGAUAUAUGAAUUAGUCAAUACUCAACAUUGUUAUGUUAUUAGAAAUAAAAUUUAUGCUAAUAUAUUUUGGAUCGAUUUUUGGUAUAAUGUUUUAUCUAAAAAGUUUAAAUCUCAAAAUAUGAUAAAUUUAGUAGAAAAUUUAGAUUUAACAAAACCAGUAUUUUUAACAGAAAAUUUAACUCUUUUAUAUUCUCAACCAAUAAUACAAAAUAUAUCUUAUUUUUCAGACUUAAAAAAUAAUUCUGAUAAUUUUAAAUCACCAUUUAUAAUUCCACUGUCUAUAACAACAAUUUACCUAUUAUCAAUUGCAUUAUUUAUUUUAAUCAUCUUUAUUUCAUCAUUUUUUUCUUCAAUUUCUAAAAAAAUUAAUAUUAAUUUGGUAUAAAUAAUAUCCAUUUAUUAUAAAUAAAGAAUUUAUUUUUAUUUACAACAAAAGAAAUUAAUUUUUAAUAAAAAUAAUGGGGGCUUAAAUUUAUACAAUAUGUAAAUAGUAUAUAUAGGUUCGAAUUUAUUUAAUAUCAGUAGUCCGAAGUUGCUGUACUGAAGACGACUACAUUAUUUUCAUACACAUUUUAUUUCAUUAAAAUAAAAUGAAUCAUUUUACUAUAUUAUCUCUCUUAUUGAUCAUUAAAAAUACGCAUUCAUUUUUAUGCGAACCUGAAACUACAAUAUUUAUUGAAAAUUUUAGAAAUAAAGAAAAUUAUAGUACCAAUGAAAAUUAUAUUGAGCAUAUGGCAGAUUAUAUAUCUGCAAUUGACAGUUUUGAAACUGAUUCUGUAUUUUUUGAAUGGGAAAAUAUAAAAAUACCAAGAAAAUUAAAUAAAAUAUUUUGUGCGGAUAAAAAUGGAAUAAUUCAUUCAAAAGAUGUAGUAUUAAGAGAUAUAAAUUUAGUACUAUCAUCUGACGAUUUAAAAUUAUAUAAUAAAAGACGAAUUCUUCAACUUUGUCAAGGAUCUUUUUUUACAAUUAUGGAGAAUUUUAUACAAAUGGAAAAUAUACAUAUAAAUUAUAAUAGAAUAGAAAUCCAGUUUCUUGUUCUUCUGAUAAUUAUCAAUUUGUGGAUAUAAAUAUUUUUACAAGUUUGAUAAAGAAUCCAAAAACUUUAUAUCUUGAUAAGAGUACAAAAUAUGAUUUGAUGUUUGAUAAACAGAUUAGAAUCAAGAAAGAAGAAAUUAUUAGUAUUGAUAAUAAAGAAAUGGAACCAUUUUCAACAUCUGCAACAUCAAAUAAUUUUAAAAUUAUAUUCUGGGGUUUUAAUGGACAUACCUACAUUGAAAAAGAAGUGAUCUGUGAAGAAGAUUUAAUAACUUUUUCGUUGUUUGAUGAUGUUAUACCAGAAUCUGGUAUAUUUAAAAUUUUAAGCAUCAAAAGUAAGUUUCAAAAAUUUUUUAGAUUGCUAGUUGAAAAUCUAGACAAAAAAAUUAUUAAAAAAGACAUUGAUUUAAAGAAAAAAAAUGAAGAACUUUAUAUAACACAAAAAGUAUACUUUAGACAUAAAAAUUAUCAAGAAAAUUUAUACAAAGAAGUAAAUUAUUAUAAUAAGAUUAAUGGAAAAUUUUAUGGAAAACAGACAAGGUUAUUUAUAAAUUUAUUAGUUUUAAAGAGUGAUAUUAAUUUAAACACAGAAUUGAUAUUGUACUGUCCAAAAACUGGUCCAGAAUAUAUACACGAGAAUGUUAUUUCAUGGAUAGAUCAUACUGAUAAAGGUAGAGUAAAAGCUAUCAGAAGUCGUAAAUUUAAUGGGCGAUGUCCAAAUGGAUGUAUUAUAGAAUGUUCUAAUGAUUUACCCAAUUCACAAAGUUUUUAUUUUAACAUUACAAAUGUUAAAGCUGAUCGUGUGAUAAUACCGAGAAACUUUAUAAUGUCAUCUUAUACUUAUGAUAAAAUUUUAAUAAAUGUAAAAUCACUAGUUCGAAGGUACUAUAUAAAUAAAGAUAUUCUAAUUGCUGAAAUUCAUGAAACUAUUUUGAAGGACGAUCAAAUUUUUUUUAGGCAAUUAAAUACUGGUACUUUAGGAUUUUUUCAAAUAGUAAAAGAUGACUAUGAAGCCAUUCGUGUUGAUGGUAUGAUUGUAAAAAAUAUUAUAAAACAAGAUAUUAUGGUAGAUACACUUGCAAAGAAUUUAAUAAUAAAAGUUCUUUUCUUAGAUACAAAGUAAAUAAUAAUACAGUUUCAUAUAUUUCGCCAUAUAAAAAUAGCAUGCCUAUUUUUUUAAAUAGAUUUAAUUUUGAAGAAAAGAAUAAAAUGAAUUUGUCUACUAAUGCAAUAAAUUCUAAGAUUUUUCUUAGAAAUAAAUUAUUAAAUGAUGUAAUUUUGUUUUCGAAUAAUUAUAAUGACUUGUAUAAUAAAAUAAUUUCAAAAGAUCCAAAUUCAAAAGAAAUUUAUAAAUUCAAUAAAUCAGUAUUUAAAGGGUUGUUAAUAGAAACCAAUAAUUUUCAAAUUACCCCAUCGGGUUCAUUAUUAUAUGUUCCAACAUAUUUUUCUGCACCUAGUUUUUCGUGGUUAGAAUUUGUUAAUUUUGAAGAAUCUACUGUCAUAAAUAGUUUAUAUCGGAAGUUUUUGUCUGACGAAUUUAAGAUAACUUCGAAGAUUUUAAAUUAUGCAAAAAACUUGAAUAAUACAACAUUCAUUCUUGGAGACGAAGAAUCUUCGAACUAUCGUUAUUUAAAAAAUAGCUUUGUAUUAUAUUCGUCAUCAAAAUAUAAAAAUACUUUCCACCCAACAAUGGGUACAAAUGGGUUAAUGUUUUCAAUUGGAACUGCUCAACUUGCAACAUUACAUUGGACUUAUGUUUAUGACAUUACCUCUUUUAAUAGAGAAAGUAAUAGUAGAGACUGGCUUAGACAUAAUACACAAGAAUGUGCAGUAUAUAAAGGAUACAAAUAUUAUUAUGGAAAAACAUAUAACGAUGAACUUUGGGAAUGUUCAGCAUCCGGAUAUUAUACAGGUUAUUGCACAUAUAAAACUGAUUGGAAAGAUUAUAUGACCAAAAAGAUGUAUUUACAAAUGGGAAAUUUUAAUAUUUUUAAAAAUAAUUUAUUAAAUUUUGGAAAUAAGAGUAUGAAAUUUGUAAGCAACGUUUUAAAUGAAAUAAAUAAAUUUACUUUAUUAGAAAAUAUGGAAAUAGAAAUAAUGAAACGAAUAUAUGAAUAUUUAGAUUUAUUUCAAAAUACGUCUUCUGAUAUUUUAAAAUAUACAACAAUUAAAUAUGUAGAAACGCAUUUAAAAAGUUUGGAUAAUGUCGAUUUAAUCGGUUUAGAAUAUUAUUUAGCAAAAGAAUUUAUAGAAGAUUUAUCGAGUACUUUUAGGAUAUCAAAUCAAAGAAUUAUAAACGAAAAAACUUUUGAGAAUAAUUCUUUUACAGAUAUGUUAAAGAAUAAUUGUCAAAAGAAAGAAAAUGAUAUAAUAAUAGAUUUAUUUUCAAGGCAAUUACCAAAGAUUUCAUUCAAGAAAAAAAAUAUCGACAAAGAAAUAUUAAAAGUUAUUGAAAAUAUAAAAAAUAAGAGAAUCGAUUUUUCCGAAGAAUUUUUAAAUUCUACGUAUAACGUAAAGAAAAUUGAAGAUGAUUUUCGGAAGAUAAAUUUGAAUAGAUUAUUGAUUGAAUAUGAAAAUAAUUUAAUGAUUCAUUUGGAAAUGCAAAUUGGAUUAAUAAUGCCAAUUAUACGUAACGAAAAGUUAAAAACAUUCGAAGCGUCACAAUCUGCUGCAAAUAUUGGUUGGUUUUUUGGACAUUUAUUUACAUAUGGAAUAUUAAAUUCUGCUGAAAAAUAUCGAAUAGCUUAUGAUGAAUUUUGGACUAUUGAUAAUGAAAAUGAUGAUCAAUUUAGAGAAAGAAAGGGUUUUUUACUAAUUGACAAUGUAUUUACUUCUUUGAAUGUGAAAGAGGAUCUUAGUGAAAGUGAUAAACGGAUAAUAAUUAUUGCAGCUAUCCUAAGACUUUGUUCAAUUAAUAAAAAUUGUAACAUAGAUCCAAUAAUAAAAAGUAUGUUAUUAUUAAUGACGUAUAAUAAUAAAAUAUUUGGAUCAACACAUAUUAAAAUAAACAGAAAAGGUUUAUCGUAUAAUAGUAAAAUAAACGACUUUAAUAAAAAUAUAAUACCUCAAGCAUUAAUUCUUAUGUCCAGUAUGGAUGAUAAGAAAUUUAUACAAAGGUUAAAUUCUAUUACUAGUUUACAUGCAACUAGACUUUACAAUAUAGAUGUUUCAGAAAUUUUAUCUAUAAUAUUACCCAAUGGUUAUAAUAUAAAUACAAAAAAUAAUGUAGAAUUAGAGAUUCCAUCUGAUAUAAAAACAUUUAUGACACAAAUAGAUUUUUCGAUAGAUAGUUAUUUAAAAUAUAUAAAAACAAUAAAUCCUACACUAUUCUCUUUCAAUAAUAGAGAUAAUUUUGAAAAUUUGAUUAGAUCUUUAAUUAGGAGCCAAUAUAAUUUUACAUCAUUUAAAGAAAAUAGUUUAUUUUGGGGUAAUGAUAAAACCGAAGAAGUAGAUGAUAUAAAAAAUAAUUCUAGAAUAAUUUUGAUUGAAUUAAAUGAAAAGACAAAUUCUAUUGAUAUUGUUAGAUUUUUAAACCCAAUAAACGUAUUAGAACAUUGUUCGCAAUUAAAUAAAGAUAUUAUGAAGAGAAUUUUUUCGUCCGGAUUUAAAGAUGCAGAAGAUUUAAAUUUUUGUUUUAUAAAUCAAGAUGUUUUAAUUCCUUCUUUACAUAUAAUUUUUAAAUAUAAAUUUAUCAAUUUUUAAACGAUAAAUAUGGUCAUUCCAUAUUUUAUGGUCUAGAAUAUAUUUCAAAUUCAUUUGCAACGUUAAAUCGAUUUUCAACUUUUAUUUGUAAUAUUAAUAAUAUAGAUGAAUCUAAAUGUUCGCAGAUUUAUAACAUAAUUCAAAAUAUAAAUAUAGAGCUUACAAAAUUAAUGACAAUUGAUUUAUUAUUAGAGGUUGUUGAAUAUGAAUAUUUAAAAGUACCAUUUCCAAAAGAUUUUAUAAUACCAAAAAACAAAGAACUUUUGAAUUCCAUGAAUAUUUUGUCUUACGAGAAAUUUAAAAAAUUAGAAUUUUUAUACAGAAAACGUACUAAAUAUUCUGAAAAUGAUAUUCCUACAGAAAAUGAAUUAUUCGAGAAUUUUUAUAAUAUAAUUUCUUAUAAUGAAUCAGAUUCAAAUAUUUUAUAUAUAAAGAAAAGUAAAUUGAUAUUAAAUGACAAGGACAUGAAAUAUCUCAUAAAGCUUUAAAGUAUACAAAAAUUUUGAAAAAAUUAUUUUCCAUAGAAUUUAAUAUUAAUUCGUUUGAUUUUGGUAAAGAGUAUCUGUUAGAAGAAAUUUUGCCAGAAUGUGAAGUUGUAAAUUUAGUAGAAGAAUAUUUUGCAAAUCGAUAUGACAGAUUACAAAGUUUUAAAUUCAAUUAUAAUAAUAUUUAUUUGCCAGCAUUAAAUCUUAUUAAUUGUUCAACAAAUGUCCGUUGGUGUAAUAUUAUUUUGUCAAAAUUUGGAAAAAUAAACUAUUUUGAAAUGGUCACAAAAUUAGAUAAAUUUAAAUGUAUAAAUGUUUUAAAUAAACAAAAUAUAACUAACUUAAUGCAUUUAUGGACUGCAUUAAAUUUAACACAAAUACCAAUAGGUGGAUCAUUAAUAUUAGCUAUUAAUUUUAUAAAGAGAGACGAAAAUAUUCUCAAAUAUACGAAUAGACAAUAUUUGGCAAAUAUAAUAGAAAAAUAUUGGAAUGACGACGGUACUAAUGAUUUGUACGUUGAUACUAAUGUAAUAACGUAUAAUAUCUUUUCUGAUUUAAUUUGUACUUACUUUAAAUCUUUCGUAUAUUCUAAAAAAGAACUAGAGUCUUUUGAAAGUUAUAAUUCAACAAUUUAUAAAGAUGAUACAUAUUGUCUUCUAGGUAAAUCUAGAAUUAUUAAAUGGCGAAAUUUACUAGAAAUGUUAUAUGGUACAGAUUUUUCUAUACAACAUCAAUUUGAUUUAUUUUUCCAAAAUAUAAAAAUUUUAUCAUCACCAAGUAGUUAUAACUAUAUACCCGAAUUAUUAAAUUACUAUAAUUAU